AUAUCACACCCAAGGACGAUACAUUAUUUAUGUGAAUCUCACCCUACAGUCAUCCAUGCAUAACUAUAGUAGCCAAUCAUCGUCUUUUGACGCUGUGUGUGUUUGGCGCUUUUUUGGAUUUUAAACUGCCCGUUUGAUUAAAUCAGUUCUAGAUUGUCUAUCCUUCAGAACACACGCGAACAUGUCGUCGAAUAUAUAUUUUCUAGUACAAUGGAUUGAAGAGGAAGAUUCAUGGGACGUUCUUCCAUCGAGGUUUAGUGUUAAGAGUGUACAAAAUCCAUGCGCUUUAGUCGGGACUGUUUGUGACUUUUACUGGAAGAAAGGCGAAGAGUCAUCACCAUGUCAUGUAUUAGCAUACGGAACUCAAAACGAAAUGGAAAAAAAGAGAUCCGAAGUGGCAAAGAAAGCUGAAGUAGAAGACAAUGAUGAUGAAGCCACAACCUCCUUUGGAGUUGGUAGAAGACCAAUCAAAAAGCCUGCUCGGCUUCAGAAUAACCUAGAAACGUCCGAUCAAGCCCCGCCGCAAAAGAAGAAGAAGCACACAAAUGUGACACCAUUGUCUUCAAGCACAGAAAUUUUGGCUAAAAUACGUGUGCAACAAGAAAACAAGGACAAGGAAACACCUGCAUGUCGCUGCGCAAAAUAUGAUGGCCUUAAAACUAAAUACAGCGAACUUAAAACAAAGUAUAAAGACGUAUGUAAUGAGAAUGCAGAUUUACUGAAAUAUAAAGACUUGUCAAAAAUGAUAAAAAACCUUAAGGAGUUUAAGGAGGAAAUGAAGCAGCAGGAGCCCAAUGAAGGAAAUAGCCCAUCAUCACAUAAUGUGAAACAGACUUCAAAGGUGGAUAUAGGGCACGGAAUUUUAAUGGAAAGAGGUGCCCUGCUAUGUGCCACACAAUCGAGCGAAGGCCCAACCAAACUUGUGAGAAGUUUAUUCAGGUCUUUAUUUAAGGUUGAAGAAGUGGUCGGGAAGAGCAUCACUGGCCGAAAAAGUAACGCUCACUUGACCACUACUGAGCCAAAGGAGCAGUUAGAUCCGCAGAGAAUUGGGGCCAUCAUAGAUUUCACGAUGAAGAAAUUCCCAAACACUUCAGUUGCUUUGCUGAGGCAAUCAUUGGCCAAUAAAGUCAAAGAACUAAACAAAAUUAAGGCGAAUUAAUUCAAUUUAUAUUUAUGUCCAUCCGUUUAACCAUAGCUCAACUAACGAAUGCCUAAACCUAAGAGGCCAGACUGUAUAUAGAUUCCAGUAACUAACAUAAUUUCAAUACCUUUAGAAUUAUAUUACUGUAACGAUUAUGAUGGACAAAUUUAAUAAGUUAUUAUCGUUGAUUUUAAAAUGUACUGUUUGUAACAAACUGGGAGGGAUUUUUUUAGUAUGUGAAUUUGAUCUUAUAUUUCACCAUUUUUACAAUGUAAAAUAUAACAUUAAUAAUAAAUAACCAUUGUCAUUAUCAUUGUUCUUAAAUAAAUCUAUUUUAAAAAUCGUACAAACUUAGGGGUUUUGUAAUAUGUUAAUAUGUAUUUUAAGUUAUCUAUUUAUUUCAGCAUUUUUUUAUAGUACUGUAAUACAUAACAUUAACAAUGAUUCUCAAAUAAUUCUCUAGUUUAAAAAAAUAUAUUUAAAGUUAUCUCUUAAUACAUCAAAAAACAUAGCAAGU